GUAUAAUGAUGUGUAAUCAGAACUUGUUUUUCCUGAUGAAAUUAGUUAAAUUGGAUCUUGGGGAUUUAAGAUGUUUAGCUGACAUGUUGAUCAUAACACAGGAAGAAAAAAAACUAGAGCGACAGUUUGAAAAAGUGUAUUUCUUGGUGUUAAAGUUAGCUUUAAACAUAUCAUCUGUUGUACAAGUCAAUGGGAGAGUCUGAAUUGACCCACUGUCACCCACGGACUGCUGUAGAAGAGGAAUAAAGAGUGAUUAUUUAUCUAUUUAUGACACAAAAUUCACUAAUAUUAAAUAUAUAUUAUUAUACAGUAUAAACUGAAAAAAAAUGGCCUUGGAAUAUAUUUGCGAAAUUGUAGCUAAAUGAUGUGCUUCCAGCCCUUCAUGUCUGGGUAGAUCUACCACCAAAGCAUCAGUUUACACGAUAGAAAAAAUAAACACAAAUCAAAGAGAGCAGCACUCACUAUGGGUUCCCACAGAUACCCACAGGCCACCUCUCUAAACAAACUUUUCACCCAGCUGUUAGUCUGAAGAAGCAACCAAAAUAAGAGCCCUGAGUAAAUGAGCGCAAGUCUUUUUCCCAGAGGGAGUCAGGCGCCCUGUGGUCGGUCGCCACUGGUCGCUGAAGCACAGCUUUGGCAUGUCAGGAAGUCUGACCGGCCCACACACUAUCUGGAAAGACCUGCUGAGACACAGUAAGCGAGCGAGAGAGAGAGAAAGAAGGAGAGAGAGAGAGAGAGAGAGAGAGAGACAGGGGAGGGGACACAUAAGAAGGAGGGAGGGAAAAAAAAACAGGGAGUGUGAUAACAGCACCGGGAAGAUCUGUUGGUUCCCUGUCAGUGCGUUUCCCUGCAGAGAUCAUGGAAUACUCUGUAACGCUGGCUGGAGUGUGUGAACAGGAGUCCUGAGAGUGGAGUAGAAGCUGUCAACCACAUGGCUGCAGCAGAGAAUCUCUCUGUGGACAGUUCUCCACACAUGUCCAACUCAACCAUGAGACGUCUGGGCUCAAACUCAGAGGAGCGAUCUCGCCUCACUGCUGCCCUCUCCUGUCUGAAGAGUGCUGAUGAAACAGGUCAUUUGAAGCCAAACUCAGACAACAACUACACUUGCGACUCUCCGGGUCAAGACGGCGACGUCUUCUCCUCCACCAGCUCUCCCCCCCUGCUGCCCACGGGUCCCCGCGGACCCUCCAUCUCUAUUUCAGUGGCACCUUGCUCACACAACCACAGACUGUACGUGUCACCAGACGACACCCCUGACGUCUUCACCCAGGAGUCCAACUCCCCUCCGUCUACUCAGACGUCAAAGACACGCAGCAACAGGACCUCGCAUUCUUCGCCUCCACCUCCACGAAAACUGCUGCAGCUCUUCCCCAACCUUACAAUGACGAGGAGCAAGAGCCAUGAGUCACAACUCGCCAACCGCAUUGAGGAGCCAACCUCAAACAAAACAUGUAAGAGGAACAAAGUUCUGGCUGCCCUUCAGAUCAACGGUGGUGCACUGAGUCCUGAAGACCCAGCAUUGCGAUCGCCACUGCUGUCCGUAAGAACACCAGGCCCUGUCCCAGCUUCAGCUCCAUACAACACGUCUGUCAUCCCCAGCAUAGAGAAUAUGACCAUGCACAGAAAUUCUCCACAGACGCUGAGAAGAGACAUCGGCCUGGCCAUAACACACAGGUUUUCUACCAAGUCGUGGCUCUCGCAGACGUGUCAGGUGUGUCACAGGAGCAUGAUGUUUGGUGUAAAGUGCAAGCACUGCAAGUUAAAGUGUCACAACAAAUGCACCAAAGACGCUCCGUCCUGUAGGAUAUCAUUUCUCACAUUGCCAAGAAUGCGCAGAGCAGAAUCAGUUCCAUCAGAUAUCAAUAAUCGGAUCGACCACACGGCAGAGAUUCCACUACAGUACGGCACUUUACCGAAGGCAAUCAACAAAAAGGAGCCUCCACCCAAGUUAAACCAGCUGGACUCCAGCAGUAACCCAUCAUCAGCCACCUCCUCCACCCCCUCCUCCCCUGCACAUCUGCAGCAGAGUAACCCCCCGAGCAUCAGUGCCACCCCACCUGCCAACCCUUCACCACGGGGCUGCACCAGUAAUAGCUUCAACUUCCCAGAUGUUUCGGCUUCCGCUUGUGUUGCUGUUCAACCACCAGAGGGCAGCAGUGACGCAGGUGCACCACAGGUGGCCACUGACACACAGCCUCCAGCCACACAUCAAGGAGGGGAAGCUGAAGAAGACUACCCAGCCGGGGAGGAGGAAGCAGCUGACCAGGGCAGCAGUAAAAAUGAUUAUCCUACCGAGGAGUGUGCCGAAGACGGACUGGAGGACCUGCCCACUUCCAUCAGUCGUCGCUGGAAGGGUCGUAUCACUCGGGAAGCCAGCCAGACCAGUGUGUACCUGCAGGAGUGGGACAUCCCGUAUGAGCAGCUGCAGCUGGGAGAGCUCAUUGGCAAAGGUCGCUGGGGGAAGGUGCACAAGGGUCGCUGGCACGGCCAGGUGGCCAUCCGCCUGCUGGAAAUUGAUGGUAACAACCAGGAGCACCUGAAGCUGUUCAAGAAGGAGGUGAUGAACUACAGACAGACCAGACAUGAGAACGUGGUCCUGUUCAUGGGUGCCUGCAUGGCCCCGCCCCACCUGGCCAUCAUCACCAGUUUCUGCAAAGGUUUGACUUUGUACUCUGUGGUGAGAGAGAGAGGUCACAUGGUGGACCUCAAUAAAACCAGGCAGAUUGCACAAGAGAUAGUAAAGGGAAUGGGCUAUCUCCACGCCAAAGGCAUCAUCCACAAAGAUCUGAAGUCUAAGAACGUCUUCUGUGACACCAACAGAGUAGUCAUCACUGAUUUUGGCCUGUUUGGAAUGUCCGGAGUGGUUCAAGAAGGCAGAAGGAAGAAUGUGUUACGGAUACCACAGGGCUGGAUCCAAUACUUGGCUCCAGAGAUAGUUCGGAAAAUGAGUCCGGAGGUGGACGAGGAUCAGCUGCCCUUUUCCAAAGCUGCUGAUGUCUAUGCGUUUGGCACAAUCUGGUACGAGCUCCAAGCCGGCGACUGGCCAAUCACUAACCAACCCGUGGAAGCUAAAAUCUGGCUCGUGGGCAGUAGUGAGGGCAUGAAGAGUGUGCUGGCAGAUGCCAACCUGGGCAAGGAGGUCACGGAGAUCCUGUCUUCCUGCUGGUCCCCAGAGGCAGACGACAGGCCCACCUUCACUCAGCUGACAGAAAUGCUGGAGAAACUUCCAAAGCUG